CACAGGAAGUGUUGCUGAGAACGAGGAAAUGGGAUAGUUAAGCAGGGAACGAAUGUAGGAUUCUUGUCAAAGAAUAGCGAUAAAAUAGACUUUGAACAUUUUCUCAAAGUGUGUUCAUGUAUAGUUGAUCAAUAUUCCUCGGUGUUCAAAUGUCGGACAGAAAGCGAUCAAGAAAUCACGAUGAGAGAGUGGACCGCAAAAAGCACAAGGACUCAAAACACGAUGUAGAAAAACUAAAGAAACAAGCCAAAAAACUAAACCAAGAAGUACAAAAACUCAAGCACGUGGAGACAUUUUAUGAGAAACCGCCACCAGGACUCAUAAAGGAGGAGGAGGACAAACCGGAAGACUGCAUCCCUGCCGAUCCAGGAAAUGAGGACGCCAGAGAUUUCCUGGCACAUGCGCCCACCAAGGGGCUGUGGAUGCCUCUGGGGAAGGAAGUGAAGGUGAUGCAAUGUUGGCGGUGCAAGCGUUACGGCCACAGGACGGGUGACAAGGAGUGUCCCUUCUUCAUCAAAGGCAACCAGAAACUGGAGCAGUUCAGAGUGGCUCAUGAGGACCCCAUGUAUGAGCUGAUCAGGGAGAACAAGAGGAACGAGAAGGAGAGCAGGAUCCAGCAGCUUCGCCAGCUCCUCCAGGACUCCACCUCUUCCUCCGACUCAGACAGCUCCUCCUCUUCCUCCGACGGCCGGCGCCGCAACAGCAGCAAAAAGAGGAAGAAGGGAAAGGAGAAGAAGAAGAAGGAAAAGAAGAAGAAGAGGAAGGGAAAGAGGAAACACAAGUCCUCCAAGACCAGCAACUCUGAUUGAGCAACACCUGUGAGGGAAAACGCCCUCUGAUUGGUCGACUGUCCGAAUGUGAAGUUGCUAAUGUAGUGGGAGGGUGUAUCAUGUGAACUACAGGUAGUUAAGUGAACUACCAUGUCCGUACUAGUAGUUAAGUGAACUACCAUGUCCGUACUAGUAGUUAAGUGAACUGCCAAGUCUAGAGGAAUCCCUCUGCCUUCUCACCAUAGGAGUGUCAUCAUUAAUGCAUGACUAGACCCAUUUCUUAUAAACUCUUUAAGGUGACAUGGUCAUUAAGAACAACCACCCAGACCCUCCUUAGCUAGAUGCCAUAGAGCUCAUGACAGCAAGUGUAUAAUUCUGACCUCCCUGGCGUUACCUGCAUGGCUGAUGCAAGGCAUUCUGGGUAGAGUAGAGCAGCAGUUCGUUCUGUGCCUGAUAGCAGAGAUGAAGCGAACUGAAAGGAUGACAUGCGAUGAAGCGCAGAGUCAUUAAGAGAUUGUUUUUUUCCGCCAUGCUCUGCCAAUUCCAGCAACCUCACCCAUCAAUUUGCUGAAUAUCAAAUGGCUUGAUUGUAGGCUUGUUUAAAAUUUGUGUGGGGGGAGGGAGUCAGUCAAUCUUGGAGCAUUUAAGUGUUGGCUGUUUUUUUCCAGUGGAGGUUGAAUGUUUGACUGCUUACGACUGUACAUAAAUAUUUUGAAUAAAUUGCGGUUGGAAUUUG